CGCGAGCGCGACCAGUGACCAUGGCGGCGGUGGCGGCGCAGGGCAGGUGGGGCGCGCGGCGGCUGCGGCUCCUCCUCUCCACGCUGAAGCCCGGGAGCCACGUUCCCCUGGCCGAGCCCGUGGCUGCGUUCAGGCUUUGAGAUACGGCAGCAGCAAGAAAACUGGAUCCGUCUCUGACCCACAGUCUUAAAAGUGGGUGCCGUCGGUCUCGAGGGAGAGAACGCAGGACAUGUGGUUGGAGCGGCGUGAAGCUUGCUUUACUUUAUUUCCUGCGUACCUGCCUGCACACCCGCACGCGCGCGCACAGACACUCCCCCCGCCAGCUGGUGCUGGGUCAGUUCCACUCAUGACUAGGAAGAUACCUGCCUUCAGAACUUCACCUGUUGGGAAGCUUCUCAUUUGGAAGGAGAAAGGAAAGAUCUGACCCGCUUUAACGAUUUUCAGAACUGUUUUGAUACAGAUGGAAAAAUAUGUCAAUGUCUGCAGCUCUCUCGUCUGUGACCUCCGCCAAAGUGGCUGUGAACGGCGUCCACCUGCACUGUCUGCGGACUGGAGGCGGAGAGCACGCGGUCCUGCUGCUUCCGGGAAUGUUGGGAAGUGGAGAGACUGAUUUUGGACCUCAGAUUGAGAACCUGAAUAAGAAGCUCUUCACGGUGGUCGCCUGGGAUCCCCGAGGGUAUGGACAUUCCAGACCCCCAGAUCGAGACUUCCCAGUAGAAUUUUUUGAAAGGGAUGCAAAAGAUGCUGUUGAUUUGAUGAAGAUGCUGAAGUUUAAGAAGGUCUCUUUGCUGGGGUGGAGUGAUGGUGGGAUAACAGCCCUCAUUGCAGCUGCAAGAUACCCGUCCUACAUCAACAAGAUGGUGAUCUGGGGGGCCAACGCCUACGUGACCGACCAGGACGAGGAGAUUUAUCAGGGUAUCCGAGACGUGUCUAAAUGGAGUGAGAGAACAAGAAAGCCUCUGGAAGCCCUCUAUGGGUUCGACUACUUUGCCAGAACCUGUGAAAAGUGGGUGGAUGGCAUAAAGCAGUUUAAGCAUCUUCCAGAUGGUAACAUCUGUCGGCACCUGCUGCCCCUGGUUCGGUGCCCCACGCUAAUCGUGCACGGUGAGAAGGAUCCUCUGGUCCCGAGCUUCCAUGCCGACUUCAUACACAAACACGUGAAGGGGUCACGGUUGCAUCUGAUGCCAGAAGGCAAGCACAACCUGCAUUUACGUUUUGCAGAUGAAUUCAACAAGUUAGCGGAAGACUUCCUACAGUGGCGGUGUCCCCGAGGACACGGGACCUGUGAAUCCUGAGCCUGGGGCUUGAGCCUGGUGCUGCCUUUGAAACCCGCCUGCGGGUCACCCCCCAGUUCACCUGCCUUCCCAGGCUCCCCGUGCCUCCUCACAAACUGCUCCUAAUCCAACAGCAAUAAUGACAUAUUAUAAGCAUCCUCUAGCUUCCAUAGCUACAAAAAUUAAACCUGAUUUUUCAAUGUUGUUGUGAAUUUCUACCAUUGUCUUAAAAAAUAAAUUGCUAUCAUGAUUUA